AUGAUGACCGACGUUGGCGAGUGUCUCGUGAGCGAGGCCUUCAUUGACAGUGAGAGCGAAGCGGACGAGGAGCAGCAGCAGACGGUCGUGGUCAUGGAGGAACUAGAACCGAUACCAGAGGCCGCGCAGGAGACACAGCGCUCGGCGUUACAGACGACGCUGGGCGUCGCUUCAUCCGCUGCGAACUUUAUGCUGUUCCCGUACGUUGUUGCCGGAAAAGUGGCCGUCCACGCCACGACCAUGGCCGUGACAGCCCCGAUCCACCUCACCAACCACGUACGUGCUAGUAUCACGCAGUCGUGGACGAGAUCAGAGCAGGAAGACAAAGCUGAUCUCUUCGGGGAACAUUCGGGUAGCAGCACAAGCUGCACGAGCAGCGACAACGAGGAGGCCAUAGAGCUGCUCGAACCAACAGAACACCAUCAAGAGAGCAGCGGGGUCGCUCAGCUGCUCUACCUGCCUGUACGACUAGUACACAGCGGCGUAUCCACCGCCGUGGCGAUCCCCACUCGUGUCGCCACGUAUAGUGGACGGAAGAUCUCCAGUGCCGUGUCAACCUCUCAUCAAUUGGCUACAUCAGCCGUUGUGGCAUCUACGGGGAUCGUAGCGAGGACGGGGCUACAUGUGGCUAGAGGUAUCACACACGGUGCAGUGUCCACGGCAUCUACAAUCUCUGGUGCUGUAGGGAAGACUGUGAGCUAUGUGAUCCCACCGUCGGUCUCUAACGCCGUGUGGCAAGGCAUGGACAUCACUGGCAACGCGUCUGUCAAUGUUCUAUCACAUGCUAUCGCUGUGCCUUCGUAUCGGAUGCUACGCGCGUUAGUACCUGCAGUGGACAAGUGCUUUACCGAAGAACAAGCCGUCACUGAGACGCGAGCUACCGUGAAGAUGCUGGUGAAAGUUCUGGGUCCUCAGAAUGCCUUCUAUCUACUCAAAUGGAUCUACGAGACCGUGAAUAGCGAAGAAGCUCACGAUGCGUUCUUACUAUGUCGAGACCUUCUACAUGAGUCGCUGGAUAGAGAGAACUAUCGCCAAGCAGGAGCAUCAGUCAGUGCAGCUACAGGCUUGACUAAGGCCAUGCAUGUGAUGAAGGAGGCGCUUAGCGUGCUACCGUCGUUGGACGAGCUGAUCGAUGCUGCAGCUCUAGUGGCGGAUGUGUCGGACGAGGUGGUUGACGGCGUUGCCCACGCUGUAACGGGACGAGAAGAAAGCGCCUGUCGCUUCGAACACGACGUUCGAGCGUGA